AUGGCAUCAUUGUGCAUCGCGGCGCGAUCCGGUGACCUCACGGAGGUGAAGAAGCUGGUUGAAAGUGGGUACAAUCCGAAUGCUGUGGACGAAGACGAGCGAACGGCGCUGCAUUGGGCAUCUUCGUCGGGACAUCUUGAUGUCGUGGAGUACCUGGCCGAGAUGACACAGAUCGACCGCCAAGAUGACUCUGGUUGGACGGCCUUGAUGAGCGCCACGUCAGCAGGGCACGUUGAUGUUGUGAGUCAUUUGCUCAGCAAGGGUGCAAACGCAAACCUGGCCAACGAAAACGGCCAGAUUCCCCUCCAUUACCACAAGGGUCGUCAGGAGAUUGCCGAGCUCAUCGUGGACGCCACGAGGAACAUCAACCACGCAGAUCGAUCUGGCGCGACUCCGCUUACGAAGGCACUGGGUGGUCGCCCAUCCCCUGGCAAUACGCCACUGCAUAUUGCCCUCCUCGAAGGCCACGACGGGAUCGCGGCCCUCCUCGUUGAGCAUGGCGCCAACAUUCAUGCCACAAACAAGCAAAAGCAAUCGUGCUUGGACGUCGCGUCGCGGGUGUUCCGCCAGCGCAUUCUCGCCGCGCCAUGCUGA